AUGGCUUCUUUAGAAACCCAUUUGUUAGCAAGUCUCUUCUUUACCCCAAUUGGCAUCCGACGUUUCCUUUGUUCAUCAUCCCAUUUCUUAAAAAACCCAUCUUUAUUCAAAUCAAAACCAUGGUAUUUCUCCAAUCCCAAAUGGAAAAACUUAGAUCUUUACAUCCUCGCCGUUGCUCUUCCACUUGCUUCUUUUGCCGAAAUCUUCAUUUUUUCAUCACUUUCAGGCCAUUCCACGUAUCGUUUCUCCUUCUUCCAGCAAUUUUCAAGCCUUUCUCUGUUUUGGAUACUCAUUAUUUUCCUUGUUCUUUAUGAUUCCCUUGAUCAUCUCCUUUUUAAUGAAAGUUUCAUCUUUGUUUACGCUUGUAUAGCUUUUCUCGUUGAGUAUUAUUUCAUCGGUGUUGGUAUAACAGGUCUUGGUACCAUCGUUUAUAACUUACUUGCUCAAUUAACCCUCCUUUGUGCCGGUUGUUGUUUGGUUUUGUCUGUUAAAAGAACUGCUUUUUUUGCUGAGUUUUUGUUGUGUUUUGGAUUGGUUUUUAAAGGGACUUGGUUAUUACAAACUGGUUUAUGUUUAUACACUGAUGCUUUUGUUUUCAAAGGGUGUAAGAAAAUGGAAGUUUUGCCUCGUAGUCCUAAUGCUGAUGUCCAUUGUGAGCUUGAAGAUGAUAGUAUGAGAGGUGUGGCUUUGGUGAAUCUUUUGUUUGCUGUUCAUGGGAUUUUGAUUAUGAUUAUCAGUUUUGUUGGGUUUGGGAUUUUGUCAAGCUUUAAGAAUUUGAGGUGUGAAGACACAAGUGGUCCAUUGUUGGCUCAGCUUGAAUCUACAGAUAAUUUAUUGAUGCGCCCUGUUCAUGAACUUGAGAUGGAGUGA